AUGCCCGAGGAGGAGCCGUCCCUGAAUAUAUCCUCGUUGCUGACGCUCGCCGUCGUGUCGUUUUUCGUCAUCCGAUGGUUCCUCAAGCGUGACGGCGAUGGAAGUGAUGGAAGCGGUCGCAGCCGUGCGCGCGGAGUCAUCGACCCAGCACAAGUGGAACAAAUAUCCCAGAUGUUCCCUCAGCUAAGCACACGCGACAUCAUGUGGGACUUGCAGCGCAAUGGUGGCAACGUCGCAGCAACCACCGAACGCAUCCUGACAGGCCGAGGACUGGAGACACCGCCACCUUCCUUCCAACCUCAGGUCGCCAUCCCUCAGGCCAGCGCGCCAGCACAAACUGCCGCCGCCUCCGCGGCGUCGAAAUCGGAAGGUCAGGACCUGAUUUCGCGGUACAACCUUAGCGGUAAAGUCGCCACCGAGGGCGCUGAGACCACCCAGUCGUCUCCUUCGUCUGGCUGGUCACAGAACAAGGAGGAACGUCAGCGUAUACUCCAGAAACGGAGGGAUGAUAUGAUUCUGGCGGCGAGGAAGCGAAUGGAGCAGAAGGUCCGCGAGAGUGCGUGA